CUCAAGUGAGCUGUCCUAUUACGCCUGGGACGUGGGAGUAUCCUUCUCGUGUCUGACCGUUGAGAAUCCAUCUUCAAAAUAAUAAACUCACGAAGCACCAGUUCCCAAAAAGUCAUCUACACUAACAGAUGCCCACGUGGAGAUAGAAAGGAUCAUAUGCCUUUCAUUUCUAGGACGGCCUUGAUAGCAACGCUUUUCCUAUUUUAUUGCUUUAAGCCGGACAUGGCCCACUCCCUCCUUCUACACGGACUCCGUGGGUCACUUCCAGUAUGCCUUUCCAAGUCAUUACUCUCCAGCAAGCCAGAGCCGUCUAAUUUAAAAGUAGCUGUUGUGGGUGGUGGGCUAGCCGGUCUAUCGACUGCGUGGCAUUUGACAGGCUUGGUGAAACAAGUUUCGAUCUUCGAUCCGCGUCCGCCCGGACAGGCCGAGGCCUCAGCCGUCGCAGGGGGCUUGCUGCACCCUCUCACUCCUAAAAACCGCUUACUUUGGUGUGGAUUAAGAGGGUUUGAAGCCACGAGUCGCCUCGUCGUGUCAAGCAAGACAGCAUUGUCGAAUUAUGGCGACACAGCAGGAGCAAGCCGGCUGCAGUCGGCACCAGGCGCUAUCCUACGUCCGGCUUUGACCUCACAGCACGUGAUUGAUUUCCAGGCCGCAGCGAAACGACUUCCAAAUUGGUUAAAAUGGCUGAAUGGGGAGGAGUGGGAGCAAAAAGUGGGUGUCCCAGGUCAUGGUUUGCUUCUUCGGCAAAGCGCCAUACUGUCUAUGCCUGACUACCUUCGAGGCCUGUGGCUAUCGAGUCAGGCACGUGCUGAACGGAGUUCCACCGCUCUGACGUGGGAGUCAUCUUUAUUUACGGCUGACUGUGUGAAGCAAUCUGGCGCGAAGUACGAUGUUGUGGUCCUGGCUUCUGGUGCCGGGAUUCGAGCUUUCCCAGAACUCGAGCAUUUGCCUGUGGAAUUUGUGAGAGGACGAACGCUUCUAGUGGCAGAUGAAUCAAAGGGUGGCGUGGAGCCUUCGGAGCAGGAAAGUGCUCCGUCCCUGCAGUGCGCCUUACUGUGCGGUGAAUACGUGGUACCGGGUGUGGACACGGAAAUGUGCUCAGACGCGGAGGGGAAAGAGCGCCGAGUGCUUCGAUGCGGUUCUACCAGAGAGUACUUGAGAGACUCCUGGCACGUGCAAGACGGGAUUGGAGUUGGAAAGAUGGGGGGAAGGAGGACAGAGGAAUGGUUCCAAAGUGAAAAGAAUGACGGGGAAAUCGCCUCUUUGCGGAGGAAGGCGGAGUCGAUCUAUCCCCCGCUCCGACAGGGGCCGGAGGCUUACCGCGUCACCUCCGGCACCCGGGUGGCCACACGCCGGAGCAAUUUGGGGAAGCUUCCUAUCGUCGGUCGGCUCGAACAGACAAAAGUAGCGGAGGGUAUCAAGGCGGAAACCUGGCUGUUCACAGGCCUGGGAGGGAGGGGGGUGGUCCACCAUGGUUUCUUGGGGGAAUGCUUGGCUCAGGCCAUCCUGACGGGGGACGAGACACAUUUGCCCUCAGAGGUCAGAGCCCCUCUUCAGCGAUUGUAAAUAGACGUCAGGGAGUGCUGAAACCUGUGUUGUAAUUAACUGUACGUUCCGCAAGCACGAACCCAGCAUGCGUGGAACGACACCGAUCGAAAGCAAUCCCGAGGACUGGAGGAUGCACGCACGCAGAU